AUCCCCACCCUUCGCAGCCCAUACAGGAAGCUGUGCUGCUAAGCUAGCUGUCAACAAAGGGCAAAACUGCACCAUAUCAGUAAAUCCAUGAGGAAGUCGGCAGAAUUGCCGACUGGGAGCCUCUUCCUCUAAAUUUACUUUACAUCGCCGCUGGUUGAAUCUCCUCAACAUGGCAACAACUGCUCAGCUGUUCGAGGAGCCUUUUGAUGCGGAUGAAUACAUUGAAAGGUUGGCAUGGAGGACACCCGGAGGAGGCUCUAAAGGAGGAGCAGAGGCUUUCGACCCUAAAAGGUUAUUAGAAGAAUUUGAGAACCACAUAGAAGAGCUGAAGCAAUUGGAUGAGAAGAUCCAGCGGCGGGUGGAGAAGCUUGAGCAUCAGUGUCAUCGUGAGGCCAAGGAAUUUGCUCACAAAGUGCAAGACUUGCAGAGAAGCAACCAGGUGGCCUUUCAGCAUUUCCAGGAGCUGGAUGAGCACAUCAGCUAUGUUGCAACCAAGGUUUGCCACCUUGGGGACCAACUUGAGGGGGUGAACACACCUCGGCAGAGGGCCGUGGAAGCUCAGCGUCUUAUGACCUACUUCAAUGAGUUCCUGGAUGGAGACCUGCGCAGUGACGUCUUCAACAACCCAGACAAGAUUAAGGAGGCUGCUGAUAUAAUUCAGAAGCUGCAUCUCAUUGCCCAGGAGCUGCCAUUCGACAGAUUUGCAGAUGUCAAGGCAAAGAUUGCAAGUAAGUACCAUGACCUGGAGAGGCAGCUAAUCCAGGAGUUUACUGCUGCUCAACGCAGGGGUGAGAUUGGACGGAUGCGAGAGGUGGCAGCAGUUCUUUUACAUUUCAAGGGCUAUGCACACUGUGUGGAUGUCUACAUCAAGCAGUGCCAAGAAGGGGCCUACAUGAGGAACGAUGUGUUUGAAGACACUGCAGUCCUCUGUCAGAGGGUGAACAAGCAGGUGGGCGAGGUGUUCAGCAGCCCAGAGACUGUUAUGGCCAAACUCAUCCAGAACAUCUUUGAAAACAAACUACAGGCUCACGUCAGAGAAAAACUGGAUGAAACUCGACACUCAGAUGUAGAACAAUACCUCAAAAACCUCUAUGACCUUUACACCAGGACCACAACAUUGGCCACCAAGCUGACAGAGUUCAACCUGGGCUCAGACAAGCACACAUUUCUGUCCAAGCUGAUAAAGAGCAUCUUCUCCACUUACCUGGAAAGCUACAUAGACAUGGAGAAAGAGUACCUUCGCACUCGAGGUGCCAUGAUUCUGCAGCGCUAUUAUGACUCCAAGAACCACCAAAAACGACCAAUCGGCACUGGCAGCAUCCAGGAGUUGAAGGAGCGAAUCAGGCAGCGCACCAACCUCCCUCUUGGCCCCAUUAUUGAAACCCAUGGGGAGACUUUUCUGUCCCCAGAGCUUGUUGUGAAUUUGCUUCAGGAGACACGUCAUGCGUUUGAGAGAUGCAACAGGCUAUCAGAUCCUUCAGACCUGCCCAAGAAUGCCUUCUCCAUCUUCCUGCUGCUGGUUGAGCAUCUCUGUGUGGAACACAUCGACUAUGCUCUGGAGAUUGGCCUCUCAGCAAUUCCCUCAUCAGAUGCCAAGAACGCCAACCUGUACUUCCUGGACGUGGUUCAGCAGGCAAACUCCAUCUUCCACUUGUUUGACAAGCAGUUUAAUGACCAGCUCAUGCCUCUCAUAAGCUCAUCGCCAAAGUUGGCUGAGUGCCUGCACAAGAAGAAGGAGGUGAUUGAACAGAUGGAAGUGAAACUGGACACAGGAAUUGACAGAACACUGAACUGCAUGGUCGGGCAGAUGAAACACAUUCUAGCGACGGAGCAGAAGAAGACUGAUUUCAGGCCUGAGGAUGAGAACAAUGUCAUGAUCCAGUACACUGCAGCCUGCUCCAAGGUUUGUGCCUACGUCAGUCGCCAGGUGGAGCACGUGCGGAAGUCCAUGGAUGGUAAAAAUGUGGAUACAGUGCUGACGGAGUUCGGCGUCCGCUUCCACCGGCUCAUUCACGAGCACCUACAGCAGUACAGCUACAGCUCCAUGGGAGGCAUGCUGGCCAUCUGCGACGUGGCUGAAUACCGACGGUGCGCCAAGGACUUCAGGGUCCCUCUGGUGCUGCAGCUCUUCGACACCCUCCACGCUCUCUGUAACCUCCUUGUCGUCGCCCCUGAUAACCUAAAACAGGUCUGCUCAGGCGAACAGCUCACCAAUCUGGACCGAAACCUCCUGCACGCUUUCGUCCAGCUCAGGGUGGACUACCGCUCAGCCAGACUGGGCCGACACUUCAGUUAAUGACUGAUUUAUCCCCUCCAUGCCCUCCGUCCAGUAACCCAUGCACCUUGGAGAAACCCAUCCCUGCUUUGGAGAUGAAAUGGCACGGCCCGAGAAUACAGACUUUACUGGGAUGUUUUGGGUCAUCAUUGGGAGGAAGGCCGCUGCUCCUUGAAUGUGGGAAAUGUGCAUUUUGCCUGUUUUCAUUGUGUAUUCCUCCCAAGCUGAAGAAAUGUAUGUCUAUUGGCUAAAGAUAUGUUUUUAAGUACUAAUCCACAUGACUAAAAGUUCUGUAAGUUGAUUUCUGUGAUUAUAUGGAAAAGAAGAUCUUCUGAUUGUGCCAAAUAUAUCAAUUCUGCGGCUGCACAUGUGCAUGGGAGUAGAUCCUAAAGCUGCUAUAAAGGGAGACGGCCAACAAUCACAGUGUAAAGUCAGACAUGCAGUGGCACUUUGUAAGAAAACUGCUCAUUAUAAUGAACUGUAGGGGAUGAGAUAGAGCUUUGUCUGGCUGAGAGAGACACAUGACCACCUCUCUAACCUUAGACCUUCGAUCACAAAGUAAAGGUCAAGAGGCCGUUGAAGAGAAGUGUGAUCGGGGCUCCAAACAGGUCUGAGUAGCUCUCUGGAGGUUUGGGUGGUCCUCCUCUUAGGCUCAGAUGACCGGUGUAAUGGGUCAGUGAAUAUGCGUCACUGUAAUUGCACAGAUCAACACUUGCUCAUCCAGCGGUGCACACAGUCUGAAGCCAUUUUGGGGCUACAUCUGAAGUGUUUCUGGGUCAAGGGACUUUAAAGUCUCAAAGCAGAGAGGACGGUUUCUUCACAGGGGGCUUACUUGAGCCUCUCGCUGUCUUCUGCGCUUAAAAAAAGGAAGGCAGAUUAUGUCCCUGAUGCCUGAACGUUCUCCUACACAAAGCUGCUCCCACUGUACUGCUGUUUACCUUAAUUUGUGACUCAUUAAAGAUGUUGCAUUUUAUAA